GACAACGGUUCUGUGCACAGGUGACAUCGUCGGACAGGUGUACAAGCGGCAAUAUCAAAGCUGGUCUCUUUAGGUCAACCAACGACAUGGAAACCCAAACUCGCUUGUUGAGAUGCUCUGCUUUAAACAUUAUUACGCUAUGUAUGGUAAUAUUACUGACAUUCUCGCGGUCUGGUGCAAAGUUAGUGGAUCUGGACAUAUAUAAAGACAUGGUGGUCGACAUGCACAACUCCUUCCGGCGCAAAAUUCCAGCAUCCAAUAUGAAGGAAAUGAGUUGGGAUACCAAGCUGGCAGACAAGGCCGGUUACUGGUCCAAAUGGUGUUCGUACGAAAGACAUAAUCACAAGCAUCAUUCCAAGUACGGAGAGAACUUGUUUAUAGGCCUUAGUAACGAUGCUCAGAGGACGCUGUUUGAUGCCAUUCAGACGUGGUAUGACGAGGGAGAGCUGUACAACUACCGGCCAUUUGAGAAGCGCUGUGACGAUACCUGCCAGUACACACAGCUUGUGUGGGCAAACACGGAUAGUGUUGGUUGUGCCAUCAACAAAUGUGGGCGACUCUUCAACGGCUAUCAAACACUAAAAGGCGUCAGCCUUCUUGUUUGUUUCUAUGCUCCCAGAGGGAAUCUGGUAGGAGAGUUCCCGUACCAAACCGGUAUUGCAUGCGAUGAGUGUCCCAGAGGAACGAGCUGUAGAGACAGUCUCUGUGGAGUCGGUUGGUACGGCGAGCCUGACUUACGACCUGUUGACUCCCCGGGUGGUCCCAAUGGUGAGGAUGAUGGAGACUUGGUUGAGGAGGAAUUCUUACCUCAGGAUCCAAACUGGACAGAGAAUCCCGCCUACAUGUAUGCCGAGGGUCGACCAGUAGCUUACUCCCCUGCCGCCGAUCGCCAGAGAGGGUACCCGAAUGAUCUGAGGUACAGGCGAGCACGGGAUCCACGCCAACUGCAGCGCGAAUACGAGUUGAGGAGGAGACGUAAAGACCUCGAGCGCCGUAGACGGGAGGAGCAUGCACGGCGUGUCCAGGCCGAGCGGCACUCCCGCCGCCAGCAACGCGAUCCCAGGCGCACUCAGCCAGAACAUGAUCCCCGACGUGCUCACCUCGCUCACCUUGCCGCCCAGCGAGCUCAGCGGAGAGUGCCCAAUGAUUACUACACGGAUCGAGAGUACAGCUACAGGGAUGAGUAUAACAGAGUGUGCUCGUGUCAGUGCCGCCGCAGCUCGUCCUCUCCUUACCCCAACCCCAGGCCACAGACAAACCCCUCUUACCAGUGGCUCCAUUCAGGUGACACGACCCAAACGGAAAAGUACGAGCUGAUAUCUGUUCAUAACCUUAUGCGGGACGAACGGAAUCUGCCCCGAAUUCACUGGAAUGCCGAACUGGAGAAGUGGAGCAACUACAUCAUCCGGUGUGGGGAGGAAUACCCUGGGCCACAGAACACCAACACCAACUUCGGAAAAAUGACACUGGAGGAAGACGUGUACGCCUUUGUGCAUGCGUGGGGGAGUGAGGGUCGGAAUUUGUCCCGGCGGGAGAGGCACUGUCGAGGGGCGCAAAAUGACUACAACUGCAACAGAUACAACAUUUUGAUGAAAGCAGAAGUACGAGACUUUGCCUGCGCGACGACGAGAUGUCGAACCCAUCGUCAAAUCGUGUGCCUGUAUCGAUGAGCGAAAGGACAAAAAAUCUGAAGAGUUACCUCCCCUAGGUUUCUGAGAGUACGUUAAAGGCCAAGAAAACAUUAAAAUUAAUGCAUAUCAGACGAAAGACCAUUCAACAAAGUCCAGGAACAUAGUUCGAUUUAUUUUUAACAUGUUUCCAACUCGGUAAAAAGCUAUCAAAACAACGGAUUUUACUGUGGUCUGCAUGUUGGAAUUUCGCGGGUAUUAAUGAAAUCACUUCCAUAUUUGUGUUUGAAAUAGUUUGUUUCAACGUCAAUUCUGUUAGUGCAUUCGCGGCUUUAUAUGUAUAUGCAUUUUGAAUGUCACCUUAGAAUUGAAAGUUUUAAAUGUAUUUUACUGGACAGAGAAAGUCUAAAAACAAACCGAACUACUUUCCUCGAAAGUGUUUAAUAGUCUUUCAUUUGACCUCAUAUAUACCUCAUGCUAGUAUUUUCUUUGGCAAUGAGAACUGGAUUACAAAGACUUUUAAUGCUUGUGUUUUUGUCAGUUUUAUGUUUUAUGAACAAAUAAAAAUUUGUAAGGUAUUAUUAUGGUUAACUGUCGAGGAUUUGACAUUUCUGG